CUCAGUGCAACACUUUAUUACCACGUCCAAUAUUAUUUCAAGGCACCAUGUGUGUGAGUGUGAGUGCAACGUGUAUAUAUAAGAGUUUCCUUGGUUCCAACAUGCUUGAAAUUCUAGAAACAACAUCCUUAAUUUUCCCACUAUUGUUAGCUUCACAAAAGCAUAGGCCAUGUUGAAUGUUGACGUAAUUGGGAACAAAAAGAGGAAGAGGUGUGGGAGGGUUUUUAGGUUCAAAAACUUUGGUGAACCUGGAUACCCCGUUAUGUUUACGGGGCCAUUUCGUGAGAACGUUAAUGCAUUACUUGAGUAUGCGAAUUUGGAGAGUAAUUUAAGCAUGGGAAUGCCAAUGUGGUCUUUUCAACUUGAAGUUCAUCACCACCCACCUUUGCAUAUCUUAUUGUUUGUGAUUGAAGAGCCAAUAGAAGCAGCACUCAAUCGUCAUUGCAAGCAUUGUCAAUACAUUGGCUGGGGCAACCAUUUCAUUUGCAAUAAGAAGUACCACUUCGUGUUGCCCUCAAAGGAGGCACUGGCAACCUGCAGGAGCUGUGAAGGAUGCUGUGAUGCAAUUGCUACAAUUAAUAAUGGUAAGUCAAAAUUAAUUGAAUUACAGGGUCAUAUGCUGCAUGGUGUUUUUCACUCUAAUGGAUUCGGGCAUUUGCUAUGUGUCAAUGGAUUGGAAAUGGGUUCGAAUUUGGCUGGGAACCAGAUCAUGGAGUUUUGGAACCGUUUGUGCUACGGAUUGCAAGCAAGGAAAGUGAGUUUGAAUGAUAUUUCACAAAAGAGAGGAAUGGAACUAAGACUUGUGAAUGGAAUAGCAUACAAUGAGCCAUGGUUCGGUCGUUGGGGUUACAAAUUUGGUCGAGGGUGCUUUGGUGUGACUCAAUCCAUGUACCACAAGGCCAUAGAGGCAAUAAGAAGCAUGCCAUUAUGCUUGAUCAUACAUCACAUUGGCAAUUCCAACCAUGACAUCCCCAUCAUCUUCUCAAGGUACCAAACCCUUUCAGAUCAGUCCCUAGUGACCCUUGGUGACCUAUUUCAUUACAUGUUAGACCUCAAAUCUCGCCUUCCUCGUGAAACAUGCAUUGGUUCCUAUAACACAAGUUCCUUAUUGCUUGAAACUAAUUGUAGAUGGUCCCCUAAAAGAAUUGAGAUGGCAACACGAGUCAUUGUUGAGGCACUCAAAAGAACCGAAUUUAGAUGGGUUUCAAGGCAACAAGUUAGAGACACUGCUCGUGCAUACAUUGGUGACACGGGUUUGCUAGAUUUUGUCUUGAAGUCACUAGGAAACCAUGUUGUAGGAAACUAUUUGGUUCGUCGAAGCUUGAACCCUGUCACAAAAGUCUUGGAAUAUUGCUUAGAAGAUAUUUCUAAUGUGUACCCUUGCAAUGAAGGCUUGGUCAUGAGUAACAAAGUCAAGGACAAGUACAAGAUCACAAGAGCUCAACUAAUGAAGGACAUGAUUUUUUUGUACAAGUAUAUUCUCACAGAACCAAAACCAAUGAUGGGGUCAGAAUUUCUCUCAGCUAUAUCAUUGGCUGCUAGGAUAAUUCUUGAUGCCAAGUUUUUCAUUAAGGAUUACUUUGGAGAUGUUCCUUACCAAUUUGAAUUAGGCUCGGAAGGAAAACUCACCCUUUAUUGUACAAUUUUGUUGAGGGGUAAUGAGUACCUAAACAAGGCCAUUAUGCCACCCCAUGAAUGUAUCACACUGAAGAACAAUGCUACUAUCAAUGACUUGAGGCUAGAAGUUGAGAGGAACUUCAGAGAAAUCUAUUGGGGGUUAAGGAAUUUUGUGGUGGAAUCAAUUGGGAACUUGAAUGCCAACAAUGGGGUACAAAUGGUUUUUGGGCUAAUUGAAGUGGGUGGAAAAGUGGUGCUUGAGGGUUGGGAUGGUGGCAUUGGAAUAAACAUGAUUGAGCAAAUAUGUGAAAGUGAUCCAAACAAUGGUACUGUGGAAUGCAUUUGUGGAACUAUAGAUGAUGAUGGUGAAAGGAUGGUCUCUUGUGAUAUUUGUGAAAUUUGGCAGCACACUAGAUGUGUUCGAAUUCCAAAUGAUGAAGAAAUUCCCCAUAUUUUUUUGUGUAUAAAGUGUGAACAAGAAAUUGUUAUGUUCCCUUCAUUGCCAUAAAUGUUUAAUGGUUGAUCAUUCACAUGUUCUUUCUUCUGGGAUUGAAACAUGUCUUUCAUAGUUUCAAGGAUGCCUUUAAGGUUGA